ACCAUCAUACACUUUUCUUAUUCUUAAUUCCAACCUUUUUCUACAAAAAUGAAAUCUCUGAAUAUGAGAAAGGGUGCCCUCUUCCUUCUCCUAACUGCAAUUGUCGCUGGAACCAUGCCGGGCAAUAUACUGGCUCAAAAGUGUGGCUGUGCAGCUAACGAGUGCUACUUUCUCUUGGAGUCACAGAGAGUUCUGACCGUCCUGUCUUUUCUGAUUUUGGAACUGAGGAUAAAUCUGUCUCCAAG